AACCCAGCUGUGUGUCUAUGAAGAGUGAUGUAUCUAUGGGCAUGCCACCUGAAUUCAGUGGUGGAGCAGUGAACUCUGACCCCAAGUGUUUGUUCCAGGUUUUUUCCAAAUGUGGAGUGUGUGAGCAGGCUCUGAGAGAUCCGGUCUCAAUUACCUGUAAACACAGUUUCUGCAGACAGUGUAUCAGCUGCUAUUGGGAAAAGUUCAGUCAAUCAGAAGACUUUGACUGUCCUCAAUGCAAGAAGAGAUCUAGAGCAUGUCCUGUUUUACAAACAGAUAAAGUCUCGGGAGGAUCCAGUUCUGCUCUCUCUUACACAAACCUGCAGCAGGCUUCUCUGGUGGACGAUGUCCUGCAGAGAGUUAAAACGAGACACAAAACCAGCAUGAGGAAAAAGUAUGAGAGCUUAUUUGAGGGAAUCAAACUACAGGAGAAUCAAACUCUCCUGAACAGGAUCUACACACAGCUAUGUAUCAUAGAGGGAGAAAGUGAAGGGGUAAAUGAAGAACAUGAAGUGUUACAGAUGGAGAAAUCACCCAGAACACUACAUUCACAAGACACUCAAAUCCACUGCAAUGAUAUCUUUAAAUCCUUACCUAAACAAGGAUGUGAGUGGAAGAGAAGAAAGAUGAAUGACAAAAUAAAGAUUGUUCUUACUAAAGGAGUCGCUGGAAUUGGAAAAACAGUCUCUGUGCAGAAGUACAUUCUGGACUGGGCAGAGGGAAAAGCCAAUCAGGAUGUAGAUUUCAUGUUUGUGCUUCCAUUUCGAGAGCUGAACUUGAUUAAAGAUGAUCAGUACAGUAUUCACAAACUUCUGCUUGACUUUCUUCCUGAACUUCAAGAUCUGGACUCAAAUAUUUAUGAUGAGUGUAAAGUUGUGUUCAUCUUCGACGGUCUGGAUGAAAGCAGAAUUUCACUGUGGUUUUCAGACAGUGAGAUGGUUUCUGAUAUAAAUAAGUCUUCAUCAGUUGGUGUAUUGAUGUCAAACAUCAUCAGAGGAGAGCUGCUUCCCUCUGCUCACAUCUGGAUCACGUCCAGACCAGCAGCAGCCAAUCAGAUCCCUUCCAAAUACAUCAACCGGGUGACUGAAAUUCAGGGAUUCAAUGACCCUCAGAAGGAGGAAUAUUUCAUGAAGAGGAUCAGUGAUCAGCAUCAAGCCAGAAGAAUCAUCUCACAUAUCAAAAGAUCAAGAAGCCUCCACAUCAUGUGUCACAUACCUGUCUUCUGCUGGAUCUCAUCCACUGUACUUCAGAACAUCCUGAAACAAGAUGACAGUGCAGAAAUCCCUCAAACUCUGACUGAAAUGUACAUCCACUUUCUGCUCAUUCAGAUAAACAUAAGGAAUCAGAAGUACGAUGAGCGAGAUCCAGGAAAAGUGUGGCAGUCCAACAGAGAUGUGAUUUUGAAACUGGCUGAACUGGCUUUCAAACAGCUGAAGAAAGGCAAUAUCAUGUUCUAUGAGGAGGAUCUGAAAGAGUGCGACAUAGAUGUCAUUGACGCCUCAGUGUAUUCUGGGAUUUGCACAGAGAUAUUUAAGGAGGAAUCUGUGAUUCAUCAGAGGAAAGUUUACUGCUUCAUUCAUCUGAGCUUUCAGGAGUUUCUUGCUGCUAUUUAUGUGUUUUAUUGUUAUGUAAUUAACACUGUGGAGGUACUAAGGUUUUUUAAUUCUCUGUAUAAUUUGCUCAGAGGAGCAGUAGAUAAAGCCUUAGAAAGCGAGAAUGGACACCUGGAUCUUUUCCUCCGGUUCCUGCUGGGCAUCUCACUUGACUCCAAUCAGAAACUCUUACAGGAUCUACUGACCAACACUCACAGCUGCUCAAGGGGCAUUGAGAAAACAACUGCUUAUAUUAAAGACAAAAUUAAACAUGGACAUGAUCUUUCAGCUGAAAGAUCCAUCAAUCUUUUUCUUUGUCUCUUUGAAAUGAAAGACCAGACUCUGUACAGAGAGAUCCAGGAGUUGCUGAAAUCAGACAAACACUCAGAGAAGAAACUCUCUUCUGCACUUUGCUCAACAAUCGCCUACAUGUAUCAGAUGUCAGAAGAGGUGCUGGAGGAACUUGAUCCCAAGACAUUUAAUACAUCAGAAGAAGGUCGAAAAAAACUCUUACCAGCUGUGAAAACUUGCAGAAAAGCUCUUCUUGCUGACUGUAAUCUCACUGAUAAAUCCUGUGAAAUUGUGGCCUCAUCUCUACAAUCAUCAAACUCUUUCCUGAGAGAGCUGGACCUGAGUAACAAUGACUUGCAGGAUUCAGGAGUGAAGCUUCUCUCUGAUGGACUGAAGAGUCCAAACUGUCAACUAGAGAAACUGAGAUUGUCUGGCUGUAUGGUGACAGAGGAAGGCUGUUAUUGUCUGGCCUCAGCUCUGAGUUACAACCCCUCACACCUGAGAGAGCUGGAUCUCCGCUACAAUCACCCUGGACACUCCGGAGUAAAGAUGCUCUCUGAUCGACUGAACCAUCCAAACUGCAAACUGGAGAUACUUAAUUUUGACCAUGGAGAGUCCUUCAGAAUCACACCAGGACUGCGGAAAUAUGCCUGUGACCUCACAUUAGAUCGAAACACAGUAAACACUCAUCUCAUUCUAUCUGAGAACAACAAAAAGGCAACAUAUUUGGAAGAGGAGCAGCCAUAUCCUGAUCAUCCAGAAAGAUUUGAGCACUACGAGCAGGUUCUGUGUAGAGAGAGCCUGACUGGACGCUGUUACUGGGAGGCUGAAUGGAGUGGCUGGAGUCAUAUAGCAGUCACAUAUCGAGGUAUCAACAGGAAAGGAGGAAGCGAUUGCAGGUUUGGACUCAAUGAAAAGUCCUGGAGUCUGGUCUGCUCUGGUAAAAAUUACUAUGCCAGGCAUAAUAAUGCAAGAACUGACAUACCUGCACCCUCAUUCUGUUCUAACAUAAUAGGAGUGUAUCUAGAUCAGCCAGCUGGUUCUUUGUCUUUUUACAGUGUUUCCUCUGAAACUGGCAAAAUGACCCACAUUUACACCUUCCACUCCACAUUUACUGAGCCCCUCUGUGCAGGGUUUGGUGUUGGUGUUGACAGUGGAUCUUCAGUGUGUUUAUGUUAAAUACAGAAGCUGUGAAGCAUGUGUCAGACACUCAGACCAUGGGCCAAAUACAGCCUAUGGAGGAAAAAAUCAAACUAUGAGAGUUUAUCUCCAACUCUAAUUAAACACACCAGAACCAGCUAAUGAAGGUCUUCAGGAUUACUUGAAAACUAACCGUGCAUUCCAUUCAUCCCUAUGCCCUGAUCCCUUCAAAGGGUUUACCCUCUG